AUGCCCUCUCGAACUUCUGUUGGAGGAUUGAAUAAGCCCGGCGAACAUCAUCACCAUAAUUACAAUCAACCUCAUCCUCAACAGCAUCACUUGACCAACACCAUCCCCAACACCACACCAACCAUCAUCAACAUCUUCCCCCAAUCGUUGUCAUUAUCCUCACUAGCCCCAUUUCAGAAUCAUUCCCAAUCUUCUUACCAGCAUCAGCACCCCUAUCCCAUCAUCAUCAUCAUCAUCAGCAGCAGCAGCAGUAGCAAUAGCAACGACAGCAUCAUUAAUCUCAGCCACAGAAAGUCCGACCUCGAGACUUGA